AUGGGUAUCCAAUAUGAUGAAGACAGCAAGAUGAACCCUCAUUUGGAUAGGUUUGCUACCUAUCGACGUCGUUGGUAUAUUUUAGCAAUUUUCUCUGUUUUAUGCUUUACGCAAGGCAUGGUAUGGAAUACAUGGGGUCCGGUUGCAACAUCUGCUGAAUAUUAUUAUGGUUGGACCGAUAGCGAUGUAGCCAUGAUGGCCAAUUGGGGAACCAUUAUGUAUGUAGUAACCGUGUUUUUUUGGUCCUACUUAUUCGAUACAGUAGGUUCUAGAAUACCCAUCGUAUCCGCCGCAUUUUGCAUCGCCUUAGGGACUGGAUUGAGAAUCAUUUCUAGAGAAUCCGCAGUUGCAACCCCAUUAAUUCAUAUUGCUCAAAUAUUAAAUGGCUUUGCGGGUCCCAUAGCACUCGGUGGACCACCAAUCAUAUCUGCCUUAUGGUUUCCUCCUCGUCAACGAACCACGUCAACGGCCAUAACGACGAUUUUUAGUUACCUUGGUGUCGCAACUGCUUUCGUACUUGGACCUAAUAUGGUAUAUGAGGUCAAAAAUGCUACUGAUACCAAUAGUAGCGUACCAAAGUCAAAUCUUGUAUUCUAUUUAAACUCCACAAAUUCGGAUGAAAUUCGACAAAAAGUUGGUGAUCAAAUGUGGGACUUUUUAUUGAUAGGUACCACCAAUUGA